CAGCAGAAACGCAUUGAGUUGCCUGUUUUUGGCCAAUGACCGUCGACCGUUUUCGCACCAUUUUCCCCCUUAUAGAAGCUCAUUGCGUUUCGCGUACCACACUAAUGAAACCAAAAAUCCGAAACGCGAAACGCGUCGCAUCGCCGUCGUCUACCCCCCUGUUAGAUUUAAUAUUCACUAUAUAGAAGGUUUUAAGUUUGAAUGUUGUGAACUGUGGGAAGUUCAGUUACGGCUUGGAAAUAAAGAUAGAGUAAUGCCAUCAUACGACGGGCCGUCGCUCCAUCUUGUAAAUUGCUCGAAAUACCACGGCAGUCACUUCUGGUUUCUCUUGGUUCGCCCAUGAAUCCGAUCUCGAGCUGGUUCUCCUCACUCUCUUCAAUAUCCUCAUCCUCGGUGACAAGCUGCCAUUGCUGCUUCAUAUAUUCCCUCGGCGCUUCCUACCAACAAGUUCACACUUUAUGCAGCUAACAGUUGGGAAAUAUGCACUGAUGACAUGCUCUCCUGAUUGGACAAUUACCCCGCCUUCCUGCAACAAACUUACACUGUUCAAGUUCAAUUCAUCUAGAAUGAAGGAUAGCAUCAUGGUCAUGCGUCAAUCCAAGGACGGGACAAAUCAAACGCAAGUCCUGAGCGAAUCCUGGUCUCUGUAUAAGCCUCUGAGCCAACAUCAAGAUUGCACACGGCUGUUGCGAAUCGAAGCAGCUAAGGAUGGUGAUCCCAUCACCGGCAGCUUGUUCGAAGUCACCUUCGGUGACAGGCCCAAGUUUGACGCGCUCUCAUACAUGUGGGGAGAUGGUCAAGCUGGGCAAACUAUUACCCUCAAUGGCGUCGGCUUCAACGUCCGGCAAAACCUUUGGGACGCUUUGCACUACCUUCGGAAACACGCUCCUGACACGGAUUACUGGAUUGACGCAAUAUGUAUCAACCAGAAAGACAUUCCCGAACGGAAUAGACAGGUUCGCAUGAUGCACCAUAUCUACUUCAGAGCUCAGACCGUUGUCGUAUGGCUGGGAAAGAGAUAUGCGGAAUACGAAGCAGCUUUGCCUGACUUGCAAAGACUUGGCCACUAUAAACCUUCCGAUGAACAAGUCGAUCCGGAAUUACCAACAGAUUCACCCCAAUCCGACUCAGCUGAACGCAGCCUCGCAGAGAAGUUGUACAAUGACAAUUAUUGGAAGCGCCUGUGGAUAAUCCAGGAGAUUGGGCUAGCCCAGAAGAUUAAAGUAUGCUUUGGAAACUCGGCGGCAGAAUGGAAACAGUUUACGCAGUUCAUCACCAUGCACAACUUUGGAUCUAAAGGCCCUAUAAGGUUGGAACGGCAGCGAGAGGAGAAAUAUACCGGGUCAAACACAUUGCUUCAGCUACUGCAGGACCAUAAAGAAGCAGAUUGCCAAGACAGGAAAGAUAAGGUAUAUGGCCUUGUAGGAAUGGCUUCAGACGCUCGGGGCUUUUCUAUCGAUUAUAACAAGUCGGUCUUUGAGAUUUGGACCGACGUGAUGGAAUUUAUGAAUCGACACAGCCUAUUCUUUGAUAGGGAUAUUAUAUCCAUCGGGCACCUCGUCAAGUUUCUACUCAUGGGGGCGGAAUGCGACCCCUUGCAGCAGAUCCUGCGGCCAUACGCACCUAGAGAU